AUGUGUUUCACUCUCUUCUUCACUGGAAUCACAUGGACUUUGGAUCGUCUGCGUAAGAUUGAGAGACGCAGUGCCAUUAUCCUGACGGAUCCGUAUGUCUUCCUCAGUGGAGGAUUAGCAGGACUAGCGGGACGUGCCGCGGCAAUUCCGUUUGAUCACGGAGGCAUAAAAGGACCUGCACAGGCCUGUUAUCGACGCAUCCCGCAAUUUGGCAUUCUUAUGUGGGUGUAUGUCCCAUUGGCCUCGCAGUUAUUGCCAGGUACCGAACGAGAACCGCCGUUGAAGGCAUUCACAACAUUCAUCAUUGGGGCGUUUGCGGGUUUUGUCAUGCGUCUUAUCUGUAGUCCUGUCAAUCGUGUACGAGAUGAGUGUCUUCGUACGGGUGAUUCUUUUCUGAAAACGUGCCAAAUAUUUAAAAGUAAGACGGUGCUUCAGUUUUUUUACACGACGCCACCGCUUAUGGCCAACGCCAUUUAUUUUGGGACACUUUUGACCGUCUUUGAGGGUCUUCGCCGUUUCUGCGAACGCAAUAGACUUCUCUCCAUUAACGUAGAGAAGGAUAAAAAUGGGAAAGAUGUGUUUGAACUUGGCAAUUACGCCGCCGUGGCUUGUGUCAAUACAGUGGUCGGCGGUGUUGCCGCUGGUGUGGCUUCAACGGUCUGUUACCCGUUAUCUGCACAUACCUAUAAGCAGACUGUCAUUCAUGACUCUGCCAUAUGCCGUGGUCUUCUACCGACAUUAAAAAAAGAGAUGCCAAUGAUGGCUGUUAGCUUUGGUGUCUUUUCCCUUUUGCAGCCCAUCAUAGCGCCACAUCACGGCACUCGCGUAGGGUUUGGAUACUAA